AUGACUGUCUUGAAUCUAAACGUCGUCUUUGGACUGGGAAUCCUCUACGGCGUCGUCUGGUUCCUCGUCAUCCAGCUGUCGCAGCUCGCGUUCCCCUUCUGCGACCACCCGAAGAAGUGCUUCGACUACGCGGAGGAGCUUGCCGCCAGCGUGGAUGCCAGGAUCAAUCCCUGCGACAACAUGUACGAGCACGUGUGCGGCAAGUGGGACAGGCUCCACCCGUACCCGAGUCAGGGUGCCGGGGGCCAGUUCCGGGUGCUACAGUAUCGGGUGCUCUGGUUCCUCUUCAACAAGCUCGAGCAGUCGCCUCCUAAGCACCCCGUAGCAGCGGUCCGCACCAGCGUCUCCGCCUUCCAGACCUGCACGAAUGUCUACGAAGAGGGCAGAGAUGACGUCAAGAUUGUGCUGGACAUAUUCAGGAAGUUCAACUUCGAGUGGCCCUCGAUGAGGCUUCCCGCAGACUUUGACCUGCUGGAGUACCUUCUGGGCAUGUCGCUCGAGUACGGUAUCCCAACGCCAGCUGUGCUGAGCCUCACGCCAGACUUGAAGACCGACAAGCGGUAUGGCUUGGCGCUUGAGAUUCACAUAGUCACGGAUGCCGACGACAACAAAACAGCUGGCACUGAGUACGUGGAGAAGUGUAUGAUGCACGUGGCGCCAUCGGUGACGACGGACUUGGCAAGUGCGUUUGCCGAACGCAUUCACAAUACCGCGUCCGACAUAGUCACGGCCGCGUUCGCCAUCUAUCCAAGCCAGAGGGUGUCCCUGAACUUCACUUCCAUCGAGAAGCUGGCAGACGACGUGGCCGGGCACGGUACGGUAGACGAGUGGCUGAAGGUUAUCAACGGUCACAUGCUACCCGACCGGUUGGUAAACAAGACAGAGCCCGUCCUGGCGGUCAACGGCAGUGGCUUGCUUCUCAAAGCUAUUCUGGACAACGCCAAGCAGUCCAGCUACGUCGACCUGGUGCUGUACACAGGCUGGAUGACGUUCUAUAGCCUGCGAGCACUGGUGUCUUCCUCGCUCGUGGAGUGUAUGGAUGGGACCGGCAUUCAGGCACGGAUACAGUCCGCGACUCAGUGCUUGGAAAUCAUGUCCCAGGUUUCCACGUAUGCCUUUGUUCGGCUGAUGCUGGACAGCCUGGAGCUGCAGCCACAGGUGAACGACACGAUGCGCACCUGGACGGCUGUGAAGCGGGCCACGAGGGCAAACUUCCACAAGCUCUCCUGGAUGGACCGGUCGACAGCCGAGGGCGCCGUCAAACACGUGGACAGUCUGAUCACCGUACUAGCCAUGCCGGAACACCUCAAGACUGACGAGGCUCUGGAGAAAUACUACUUCUUCUUAGACCAGAACGUGACGCAGCCGUUUAUAGCGUGGCAUUACAGCACGUUCCAACGGCGCCUUCAGGAGGAGAAGCGUCUUAUGAAGGAAGACCCGGCAGUUCCCGUCCAUCGCGAGGACAUACCGUACGGCGCUUCCAGUGUGAACGCGUUUUACGCACCGCUGUUCCACCUCAUGGCCAUCUUACCUGGCAUCAUGAACGCACCGUUCGCGCCAAGUACCACUUCGCACUCCGUCGUAACAGGCGCCAUCGGAAAAGUGUUGGGGCACGAACUGACGCACGCUUUCGACCCGCUCUUCAGCACCCUGACUAGGACCGGAGACGCGGCGACGUGGUGGUCCACGGAGUCCUUCGGCAAGUUCCGCGAGCGACUGGACUGCGUCAAGAACUUAUUGGGGAAUUACACAUCGGACGCUGUGUUCAGUAAGAACGCGCUUUCCGAAACGUUCGCCGAUACGGCCGGCACGGAGAAAGCUCGGCUCGCGUACAAUUCCAUGCAAGCGACCAGAGGAAUCUUGUCUUACACGCCCGAGCAGUCGUUCUACGUGGCCAGCUGCUUCGUAUUCUGCUCGGAGGGCGCGUACAGUUGGAGGAAAAGUGGGAUAUACCCACCCAUGAUGCUCCGCUGUAACCUGCCAUUGCACAACCAAGAGAGGUUUGCGGAGGCGUUCAACUGUCCUGUGGGUGCGGCGCUAAAUCCAAAAAACAGGUGCACGUUCCACGUGUCCAAGGAGAAAUAA